CGUAGGCCCAAUGGCGGCUAUUUCAGAUUAGUGCGAGUAGUGAGAUUUUAUACACCUAUCCUGUAUGGUGGCAUGAGAAGUUGCAUCGCUCACACGUUAAGAAUGAUGAAGCCAUUGCCAAUUGUUUUCUGCCUCAUGUUGGUAGCAUCAAUCAGUGCACAGCCCCCAUGGUGGGGUGGAAACCCUCAUUCUGGAGGAGGUUAUAAUGUUGGAGGAGGUAAUAAUUAUCAUGGAGGAGGAGGUAAUAAUCAUCAUGGAGGUGGAGGUCAUGGAGGAAAUUAUAAUAAUGGUGGCAAGGUAGUGUGCAAUACAUAUAGUGCAAAUGGAGACCGCAGCAGAUGCCCUCGAGGAUACACUGCAUUAUCUUGUUCGUGUGGAAAGGCUUGUCACUCAUGGAAUAUCUAUAAUGGUAACACCUGUCACUGUCGGUGUGCUAGAAUGCGCAGGACCACAGCUACCUGCUGUAAAAUUGAGUCCUAAUUGAUGGGGAUAAUUUUAUAUAUAUAUAUUUUUUUUUUAUUUCAUGCUCUAAAAAAUAAAUACAAGUAUUGUAUUAUUUUA